CAAAUGGCAAGAGCCGCUGGAAUGCCCGUGCCUAAAGUUCUGAAUUAUGGCGAACAACUUUACCCCGACUACAACCGAAAAGUCUCCAUUGUGAUGACUCGCCUCCCGGGAAUAGAGUUGAACAACUGGGAGGAUAAGGAAUAUGAUCCUGAUAGCGAGGAGCCGUGGCUACAGGAGCUGAAGACAUGCGUGCAGACCAUGCGCUUGUGGACGCCCCCUUCCUCACGCCGAAACUGGGUCUCAUCAGCGAUCGGAACAUGUUUACGAAGCCAGCGCAUUCCCCAUCAUAUCAUGGGACCAUUCACAGAUCAGACGCAGUUGCACGACUUUCUGCUGUCCACAGCCUCAAAUCAUACUUUCAAAUCACAGGCCGAGUUUGAGAAAGUCCUGGCCACGGCGAAGAAAUUGGAUCAACGAAAGUAUAGAAUGGUUUUCAGUCAAGGUGACUUGAAAGCUCAUAAUAUCCUUGUUGGUGAUGAUGGUCAUCUAACUGGGUUUCUCGACUGGGAGUCUGCGGGCUGGUAUCCGGAAUACUGGGAAUUUACUACGGCUAUGCGAUUUGGGAGGAAUAGCUGGUGGUUCAGGGCAGUUUCUUGGAUUGGAGGUUCCGAAUAUCUUGAGGAACUGGAUUAUGAUCGUGCUGUAAACAACCUGACAGUGGAUUCUUAUGUCUUUUUCUAGGACAACGGGUGCUGAAUUUCCAAGGCGCCU